CUAUAUUUACAUCUUUAUUAACUUGAGUUUAUUUGAAGGAUGCAAAGUUCUAAGGGUCUUCUGAAGAAUAGGCUAAACCUUGUGAUGCUAAAUUCAGUUCUUCAAAUUCCAGGAUUCAUUUCUGUUCAUAGGAAAUAAUUUCAGAAUUACUGGUCCAUUUCAGAAUUACCUGCUUUGAACGAUUCUAAUCCUCAUCAGUAGUAGAACAAUUUGUUCUUCAAAAAAAAAAUAAAAAAAUCAAUGUAUAUAGAAUUUAGUUGCCAAAAGGCGUAGCUGCCAUCAGUGAGUUCAUUGUUAGUUUCUAUGGAGACAGCAGCCUAUUCUGAAUGGCUGUUAGAUCUUACAGAAAGAUGCAUGUCUCUGUAUAAGUUCAGUACUGAGCAAGUGAGCUUUCUCAUUCAGCUUCAUCCUCUAGCAUAUCUUAACUGCCGCAAAUAGUGGGUGACCAUGCAAGGAUCACCCAGGAGGCGCUUGCCAGUGAAUAUUUUUAGCAAGUUUUUUCAGGGCCGGAGACAUUCUUCUUCUGAUCCUCUCCUCCGAGUGCUUCAGAGGCGACGGAGCUCAGUUGUAGAGGUCCUCUCGACUUCUACACACAGAGUUAUGGUGGCUAUUUCCUCUGUAAGCCCUGAAGAGCUAAAUGCUGCUUUCCAUGAAAGAAGAAGAAGAUCUAGACGUCCAACUGCAAAAUAUACAAAAGUUGGAGAACGCCUUCGUCAUGUUAUUCCUGGUCAUAUGCAGUGUUCUAUGGCGUGUGGUGGCCGUGCUUGCAAAUAUGAAAACCCAGCUCGGUGGAGUGAACAAGAACAGGCUGUUAAAGGAUUAUAUUCCUCCUGGAUAACAGAUAACAUACUGGCUAUGUCUCGACCCUCCACAGAUCUUAUUGGAAAAUAUAAUAUUAUUGAACAGUUCCAAAGAUGUGACAUAAAAACAAUAAUUAACCUUCAGCGCCCCGGGGAACAUGCUAGCUGUGGGAAUCCACUGGAACAAGAGAGUGGUUUCACCUAUCUUCCUGAAGCCUUCAUGGAGGCGGGAAUUUAUUUUUAUAACUUUGGAUGGAAGGACUAUGAUGUAGCUUCUCUCACUACUAUCCUCGAUAUGGUCAAAGUGAUGACUUUUGCCUUACAGGAAGGGCGAGUAGCUAUUCAUUGUCAUGCGGGACUUGGGAGAACAGGUGUCUUAAUAGCUUGUUACUUGGUUUUUGCAACAAGAAUGACUGCAGACCAAGCAAUCCUUUUUGUAAGAGCAAAAAGGCCUAAUUCCAUUCAGACUAGAGGACAGUUGUUGUGCGUAAGGGAGUUUUCACAGUUCUUAAUUCCGCUCAGAAAUGUUUUUUCUACCUGUGAGCCCAAAGCACACGCAGUGACUCUUUCCCAGUACUUGAUCAGGCAGCGGCAUUUGUUGCAUGGAUAUGAAAGCAGAAAUCUCAAGCACGUGCCAAAACUUAUCCAUCUUGUUUGCAAAUUGCUCUUGGAUUUGGUUGAAAACCGGCAGGUGAUAGAGGAAGAAUUAAUAGAUAUGCCAGACCUGUCAGCUGAAAUUGAGGAGACCGUUUCUCAGUUAGCUUCUACGGAACUUGAUAAGGAGUUAAGAAGACAAGAUAGUAGUACUUCAGAGCCAUUCUCUCUCUCAGGGUCAAAUCCUCUUCAUCCCAGGGAACACGAAUGGGAUCCACUUUGCAAAUCAAGGACUUCUGAUUACUUUUUGUCUCUUAGCCGUUCCAAAAGGCGCCUUAGCUAUAGUGAAUCAGAUUUAAGAAAAGCUGCAUUUAUCUCUGAGCAAGGAGAAACGCUAUGGUCAGUGCCUGUACAAGUGCCACUCUGCAACAAAUCUAACCCGCCAAGCAAGGUGGACCACUGCCAGCCUCUUCACAUUGAGCUAAACCAAGAAGUCUUAAUUCGUAACACAUUUACUUUCUCAACUCAGGGAAAAUUUAAUCCAGGAAAAAAUGAAGACGACUCUUCUGCCUGCCAUAGAUCUAGACAUACAAAAAGAGUACUGCGUAGUAAAACCUUUUCUUCAGGCCUAGCAUGUCAUCGGAAAGAAAAAGAGGAGGAUGAGGAGGAAGAAGAAGAAGAUGAGGAACUAAAAGCAUUGAACUAUAAUUUUGUGAAAAAGGACACUUAUGGCAGACGAAUAUCAUCUGAAGAUUCAGACUCUUCUAAAGAGAUCUAUGAUCUUUCGGAAACAAUCCCCCAUAUCAUUGUGCAAUCAGAAUUAACUCAAGAAGCACGAAGAAUUUUGGCAGCCAAAGCUCUGGCAGGUCUGAAUGAAUUUAUGGAAGCAGAAGAAGUGAAGACUAAAGUAGAAACGUGGCAGAAAGAACUGAAUAGUCAAAAUGGAGCCUGGGAUAAAAUAUGUGCUGAGAGGGAUCCUUUUAUUCUCAGUAAUUUGAUGUGGUCUUGGAUAGAGCAACUUAAAGAACCGCUUCUAACCAAAAAUGAUGUUGAUGUGUUAGCAAAAAAUAACACGGAUUUUCAAGAAGCAUUCAAACUGCUAGACAAGGGAAAAUAUCACACCAUACUAUGUAUCUUAAACUGUGUGGUGAAUUUGCAGACAAUACCAACAGAUGUGGAAGAUCUGCUGCUUAAUCGUGCCAUUAAAGCAUUCACCAAGAUGAACUAUGAUUCUGAAGGUGGAUCAGAUGUUUACAGCAUUUUAAAGAAUGUUUUCAAACAGAUACUGGAACACCAAAGACAAUAUAUCAGUGAAGAAACGGGAAAGCUUUUAUGAAGUUUACAUUUCUAUGCUACAAUUUUUUGUAGUAUUGAAAAAUUACUUUUCUUUCGUAUCCCUUGUUUUGCAUUAAUUAAAUUUCUGUUAAUGUUGAUUAUUAAAUAUCGAAAGGUUGCUUUCCUGUAUAUGUAUGUACAUUGUUAUUUAAUAACUUGCCAUUUUUUUGUGAUUGUAAUGUGGCAUUUUGAAUAUUCCAUUAAAAUGCUAUAUAGUUUUUCAGUGAUAAGUUAUUGGUUGGAUCAAAGAGAAAAAUCCCUUUGUUCCAAAGCAGAUAAGGUGAUCUUUGCUGAUUCCUCCUCUCCCAUAUGUCCCGAAGAAUCUGUUCAAGAGGGUUAGGGACAGAAGAAUGGAGGUCCUUAACCAGGGGUGUUGGCAACUGUUGUUGGAUGGGGAAUCGGCCUAGAUUGCUUUUCCUUCACCUUUUUCCUCCAGCAGGGAUGAUCUCAGCAGCACUUUGUUACGCUCUGUUCCCAUUGGCUGAAUGAAAGCUACAUUCAACCUGCUAUUUUUUCACAUUGAAUUGUUGCCAUAAUUCACUGCCAUAAUGUGCUGGUUUAUUCAGUUAAGUAUUUGUGUAUUAAAACUCUUAAGCUUAAAUGUUGUUUACAUUAGUGGUAUUAUGUUUUAUUUUGUGAUUAGUAAACAUUGACUGAUACAAAUGACUGUUGUAUAGCUAAAUGAUUUUUCCUUGGUAGCCAUAAAAGAAUUGAAUUUAAUGCCAAAAUAAAUUUGUAGCAAAAAAUAUAAAGAUGACUUAAAAUAUGAACAUAGACAAUGUAGACAGUUCGUAAAUGGUUUUGAGAAAGUUGAAACCUUCUAUUUUUUAAAAUAAAAUACUGUAAUUGUGAAAAAUGAGGUGUGUGUUAUAGUAGCUCAUUUAAAAAAAUGAA